AUGAAUGUCCUCUUUGUGGCCAUCCUUGCUGUACCACUUAUCCUGGGACAAGAAUAUUUGGAUGAAGAAUUGUUGGAAGAGGAUGAUUAUUAUCAGGUCAUCUAUUAUUACACUGUCACCCCAAAUUAUGAUGAUUUUGGUCCAAAUUUCACCAUUGAUUACUCCAUAUUUGAGUCAGAGGACAGGCUGAAUAGGUUGGAUGCUGAGGCCACCGAAGUAACAGAAACUACCAUUUAUCCUGAGACAGAACGUGCAGACCAUCAUAAGCCAGUAACAACGAAACCAGUGACAUUGGAACCAAGUCCAGAUCUGAACGAUGCUGUGUCCAGUCUGCAGAGUCCUGUUUUCCUGAUCCUGUCCUGGGCCCUCAUUCAGGGGGGCAUAUAUUUCAUGUAG